UGCUCCCUCGGCACCACUGAAAAAGAAAGACCUGUGCUCCCUCGGCCGACGCCGCCAUCGGGAGACGGCCGGCGAGCAUACCCAUCACAGUCCCCUCCCCUGCCCCGACGCCACGCGCGGUUGCCGGUGAGACUGGGGAUCUAGCGCCCUCACCGCCACCAGCUCUGCGCUGCUGUUGAUCGGCACCACGCACACGCAGAUCUCAUACCCCAUCUCCACCGCUUCUGGAGAUGGGGUUCGACGCCUUCGCGGCAGCGUGUUGUGCUAUUCCAGUACUCGUAUCCGUUCUCGCCGUCCGCGUCGCCUACGUGCUUUGCCGCAGCGGCCUACCGCCGUCGAGGUCUCGUGCCUCCGGGCUGCGGUGUCUCAUCGUCCUCGGGUCUGGAGGGCAUACUGCAGAGAUGAUGAAUAUUGUAUCUGAGCUUCAGAAGGAUCGCUUUACGCCUAGGUACUAUGUGGCUGCACUUACUGAUAACAUGAGCCUUCCAAAGGCACAGGUCUAUGAGAAGUCAUUGAUUCAUGUGGAGGGUGAUAGAGAAAUGAUCAUCGAGAACGCCCAGUUCAUGCAGAUAUAUCGUAGCCGUGAAGUGGGCCAAUCCUACAUUACCUCCAUCGCAACAACACUGCGUGCUACUUUGCAUGCUAUGUGGCUAAUAAUAAGAAUCAGACCACAAGUGAUAUUUUGCAAUGGUCCCGGGACAUGCAUCCCUCUAUGUGCUUCAGCUUUUCUUCUGAAGGUGCUUGGUCUGGGAUGGUCCUCCAUUUUCUACAUUGAAAGUAUCGCAAGAGUGAAGAAGCUUUCGUUAAGUGGUUUACUGUUGUACAAGCUACGGAUGGCCGAUCAGUUCUUCGUGCAGUGGCCCCAGCUGCAACAAAAAUACCCUAGAGCACAAUAUGCUGGCCGUUUGAUGUGAUGAUUCACCCGUAAAUGAUAUUUGGGACACCAUCAUUUCCAACUCUGAAGAUCUUGAACAUGCUGAGGUGCAGUUGAAUACUUGAAUUGACACACCCUACACGCCUGUUUCGCCAGAAACUUUUUUACUUGUUGGUAUAGGCUUGCACCUUUCUUAGGAUAUAUAUAUAUGUAUACUCAUCAAAAUUGUCUUUCAAGGCUGACCUAUUGGCUGGGGAAUAGAAUGUUCCCUCUCAGAUAGUCAGAUAUACCUUGUAGGCUGUGACUCUGCAGAGUCAAGUGUAAACCUCAUCCUGUAAGUUCCAGCCGCAUUCUAUUUGUCAGUGUUGUGUCGUUCGUUACA